AUGAUGGGCAUCCAGGAUCGAAAACGGGACCGACGCCGUACGGCACUGCUGGGUAUGAGCCUGGGCGGAUACGUUGUGAGCUACAGUGCCGCUGUGCCGGACGCUCUCGGUCUUGCAUGGGAGACGGGCAUCACAUCGCGUCCCGAGCCGGCGCAAAAGUGUUACGCCGUCAAAGUCAAUCUUUCCGACGUGCAGGUGCCGUUCCCGUCGGUGCUCGGAUUGCAUGAGGGCGGUCUGUGGAAGACGCGGCCAUCUGGUCGCCCAAGAAACCGAAAAUUUCAGUCGACUCCGGGACGGACGCCGAUGUGCACUGUCAAGUAA